AGCGGAAUGAAGACGUCCGUGGAAGUUGCAACGCAAGAUCAGGAUCAAGCUUUGUGUUAGCUGGAGAAAAUAAACAUUAGUGGCAGAGCGUUGCCCUUGAUGCUGAUUGUGACGGUGCACGGCCUGCACUUGUACCAACACUCCUCACUACUGGUAGAGGCAAGACAUGACGGAGGAGUACGUGGGAUGCCAGGUGUCAGUGGAGGUUGGGGGAGGCUUGGGAUUUUACCAGGGCAAAGUGGUUGCCAUCAACACUCAGAGACAGACCUUGUCCCUUACCCAAGUCAUUCACAAUGGUCGGCCAGCACCUCUAUCUGAAGUCACCAUUAAUGCCGGUGAUGUGAGGGACCUCAAGAUACUUUCCCGCAAUGCUGAUACCACACCCAAGCCCACCACCAUACCCACACAACCUGAAGCCCCAUCACAGACACCAACUUCAGCUUCUCAGUUGUACAGUUCACAGUCCAACACAACCCAGACUUUCCCUCCAGAUCACUAUAAACUGCCACCACAACAACAAAGUACUCAUAGAACUGCUAAGGUCCCACCACUAGGGCAUGGAACUGUUGCGGGUGGGGCUGGUGCUGGGGAAGAAGGAGGACAGAUAAGAAGGAAGCCCAGAGCAUCAGUUGGUGAAACACUUGCUCAUGGAUCGCAUCAGCCAUUCCCCAGGGAUGGAGCUGGAGAAUGGCAGCAGAUGGGACAGGGCCAGCUACCUUCCAUAGAUUACAGCUCUCCCCGCCGCGGUGACACUACCAGGACACCAAACAAGAAGGAGCGGCAGCGGCGGGCACGCAAUGAGGCAACAUUUGGCACCCCUAUUGAUGACAUGCUGACCACUGAGUUUGACUUUGAGAGCAACCUGGCACUCUUUGACAAGCAGGCUGUGUAUGAGGAGAUCCAGAACCAUAAACCUGAUGUAGUGAGACAAACAGUGCGGGAAAAUUACCGCUAUGAUGAAAAUGUGCUUCCCUCCAAGCCUCCGCCUGAACGCAAGAUCAUUGUGCCCACAUCUGGUGCUGCCGAGGUCAUCUAUGCUAAUGACAAUGGCCUGCUGGUGCCCUCUGUGACCAGUGACCUCCGUGCAGCCCUGCUCUCUACAGCCAAUCAGCACGGCCUAACAAACUCUCGACAGCUGGAGAUGAUAGGCCGAGCUGCCACUGAGGUCAUCAUGUCCAUUAGUGGCUGUAGUCACAGAUUAGACCCAGGAAACAGCCAACAGCCACCAGUAGUGGUGGUGCUUUGUGGCAGCCACCUGCAGGGAGCAGCUGGAGUGAAUACAGCACGUCAGCUGGAGUGUCAGGGGGUGCGUACCCUUGUGGUAACUCCACCAGCUUCCUCCUCCACCCCCACCCCACUGCUGUUGACUCAUGAGUUGCAGCUCUAUGGCCUGACUGGUGGGCGGACGGUGGCUGACACUCGCGCCCUGCCCUCCACGCUUGAUCUCAUUGUGGAUGCCAGGCUGGACCAUGCUGGGCGGGCAGGAGAGGGUGGAGGUGGCUUGGCCUGGCUGGCCUCCACAGUAGCCUGGGCUUCAGCUUCCCGUGCCCCUGUGCUGGCCCUUGAUCCUCCCAGUGAUCUGGCUGCUCUGCCUUCCAGUCCUCCACCCUUGCCAGCCCGCGUCCUACUGUGUGUAGCCCUGCCACUGGCCUACACUCCAGCACGGGGAAAGGUGUAUCUGCUCAGCCUCCCUCUUCCUCUACAUACAUUUGCUGCUGUGGGCAUCAAGUACGUGUCACCCUUUGGUGCCAAGCUGGUCAUUCCACUGCAUCCAUGCGAAUAAACAUCGUUCAACAAACUGCUCCCAUCUGCUGGUGACUCUUCAACACUGAUUCCAAUACAAUACUAUCCACAGCAUCUCCAUGCCCUCACAACCUCUUUCAGCUAUGUGUAUAUGUGUGUGUGUGUGUGUGUGUGUGUGUGUGUGUGUGUGUAUGUAUGUGUGUGUGUGUGUGUGUUUGUGUGUGUGUAUUUACCUAGUUGUAUUGUAUAGGAUUCAAGCGGGACUCAU